ACGCUCUCUCCUGCCCUCCCCCGAAGCAAUCAUCAAGAUGAACGCUGCUACCGCUUUCCGCGCCAGAAUGGCCGCCAACCUCGUUGCCCGCCGUGGCUUCUCGACCACCCGCGCCCAGCUUGGGAGCCCUUACCACUACGCCGAGGGCCCUCGCACUAACAUUCCUUUCAACCCGCUGACCAAGCGCUUCUUCUGGAGAUACUGGGCUUUCAUGGUGACCGGGUUCGGUGCUCCCUUCGGCAUUGCCGUCUGGCAAACCUACAAGACUCGCUAAAUCCUACUGUUGUGGCCGGUGUGGAAGGAUGUAUGGGAGUCGGACCUGCUCUCACAGCGGGGGA